GUCUUUGUGUUUUUUCAUCCGUCAGCGAUAGACUAGUCUUUGAUUUACCAGUUUAAUUAUUCUUUCAUGGAUUUUGUAGUAAAGGUGAUGUUUAUCCUUGUUCUCUCUCUAACUGCAUCACCACCAUUCCUGGUUCCUGUUUUGGGAUCUAGAUAUGGUCAGUGGAGUACAGAGAAGAAACUGAUCAACUCAUGGGGAUCUGAGGAUCUUGUGACUAACUUGCCAGGUCAGCCCAAGGUACACUUCCAGCAUUAUGCUGGAUACGUGACAGUGAAUGAGAAAAGUGGAAGGGCACUCUUCUACUGGUUCUAUGAGGCAUCAACUCUCCCUAAUGACAAGCCUCUGGUGUUGUGGCUUAAUGGAGGUCCUGGGUGCUCUUCUGUGGGAUAUGGAGCAACACAAGAAAUUGGACCAUUUAUUGUGGACUCAGAAGGACAUGCCCUUAAACUUAAUCCUCACGCAUGGAACACCGAAGCCAACAUGUUAUUUGUGGAGUCCCCGGUCGGAGUUGGAUUUUCUUACUCAAACACAACUGCUGAAUAUGACAGUCUUGGAGAUGACUUUACAGCGAAUGAUGCUUAUACAUUCCUGCAUAAAUGGUUCCUCAAGUUCCCAUCGUAUAAAUCAAGGAUGUUUUAUGUAGCAGGGGAGAGCUAUGCAGGGAAAUAUGUGCCGGAAUUGGCUGAGCUCAUCCUUGACAAGAACAAGGAUCCAUCUAUGUUUAUCAACCUGAGGGGCAUAUUGCUGGGAAAUCCGGAAACAUGUGACGCUGAGGACUGGAAAGGUCUGGUUGAUUACGCUUGGAGCCAUGCUGUGGUAUCUGAUGAAACUCACGCAACUAUAAAGGACUCAUGUGAUUUCAACAGCAAUAACACAUGGAGCAAUGAAGACUGUAGUCAAGCUGUUGAUGAAGUACUCAAACAGUACAAGGUGAUCGACAUCUACAGCCUUUAUACCUCAGUUUGCAUCGGGAAUUCCACAGGUUCGGAACAGACAUCGCUGCAAGUAAUGUUCAGGAGCACAUCUAAGAUGAUGCCAAGGAUUAUGGCUGGUUAUGAUCCAUGCCUCGACGGAUAUGCGACAACUUAUUACAACAGACCCGAUGUGCAGAAGGCACUCCAUGUUAGCGACGGUCAAAACCUCAAGCAAUGGAGUAUCUGCAAUAUGGAAAUAUUCAAAUCCUGGUCAGAUUCAAAGGAUUCUGUUCUUCCCAUUUACAAGAAGCUUAUAAGCGCAGGGCUUAGAAUAUGGGUCUACAGUGGAGACACAGAUGGAAGGGUCCCUGUAUUGUCCACAAGAUACAGCUUAAGCUCUCUGGGACUGCCUAUCACAAGGGCAUGGAGGCCCUGGUACCACAAUAAGCAGGUCGGUGGUUGGCUCCAAGAAUAUGAGGGGCUUACGUUCGCAACAUUCAGAGGAGCUGGACACGCGGUUCCCAUCUUUAAACCAAGCGAGUCCCUUGCCUUCUUUUCAUCCUUUCUUCGUGGGGAAUCCCCACCUUUUGAACGCUAAGUCAGCACCGAUAAUCGACUGUUGGAGUAAUCUAGUACAGAGGAUUUUGUUCUAAGCAACCCCAGGGCUUGGGGCCACUGUAAAACAAUAAGCAGUUGGAAAAUGAGAGUCUUAGUCAUGGAUGUUUUGGUCCUUUAUAUGCUAAGCAUAAAUGGAGCUUCCCUCUGUUUCUUAA